AUGGAUAAUAGAGACUUUACAGACGAGACAUUCACGUUAACAACACAAAUUUUACAAUGGAAUCCCGAUUUUUACACCAUCUGGAAUUAUCGUCGUAUUGUGCUGAUUGAGCAUAUAUUAAAGGAUUUGAACGAAGAAGAAAAACAAAAAGUUUAUAAUAAAGAAUUAAUGUUAUUUUUACAACUUAUUAAAAUCAAUCCUAAAUCAUAUUGGUUGUGGAAUCAUCGUUUUUGGUGCUUGCAACAUAUGCCAACACCAAACUGGAAAGCAGAACUUGGACUUGUAGAUAAAAUGUUAACUUUUGACGCACGUAAUUUUCAUGGAUGGAAUUAUCGACGCUAUGUAGUAAAUCAUCUUCGAAAGAAUAGUGACCAUGUAGCGGAGAUUAUACAAGGAGAAUAUGAUUUUACAACGAAAAAGAUUAAUCAAAGUUUUAGUAACUAUUCUGCAUGGCAUCAAAGAUCGAAACUGCUUCCCGAAAUUGUAGCAACCAUGUCAUCUGAAGAGAAAAACGAAGUAGUAAUCAAUGAAUUGGACCUUGUGAAGAAUGCUAUUUAUACUGAUCCAGAAGAUCAAUCUGCUUGGUUAUAUUAUUGGUGGUUGUUAGGUAGAUCUCCUGAAGAAGUAUCACCUUCAGGUGCUUAUCAGAUUGAACAAGAUACAUCAUUAGUCAUUUUUGGAUUUAAUGAUAAAAUUAGAUUUAUGCAGCCACCUCAGUUGUUAGAUCAUAAUGGAAAGCUUAUACAAAGUACCUUAUAUUCUUUAGUUGGAGAAAAUUCAUCUAUUUGGGCUAUGUGGAUUAAAUCAGAAAAGAAAGACAUCGCAAAAGAGUUGAUAAUUCAUUCAAACAGUAUCUUGCCUAGUAGUAGUUCAAAAUCUAUACCUUUGGAUAAAAUUUGGAGGGUUGAAAUUAAAAGACUGGAAAGAGGACCAGUUGUUUAUGAAAAGAUUCAAUCAUUAAAGAAGCAAGUAUUAAAUAGUGAGAAUGAAUGGAAGGAACUAACAACAAAGCUUUAUAAAGAUCCAACCCUAAAUGAUCAGACUGCAUGGUAUACAUUGGAUAAGGUUCAAUUAUUGAAAGAUGAGAUUGAAACAGUUAGAGAAUUAUUAGAGCUUGAGCCUAAUAGUGCAUGGGCGCUACAAACUCUUGUACACUUUUUGCAUCAACUUCAAUUACGUUCAAAUCAAGUAGAUCCAAUCAAAAUUUAUGAUGAAAUUAUUUCUAUUUUGGAUGACUUGAUUAAAAUUGAUUCUGAUAGAAAGAUGAGAUACAAAGAUAAAAGUAAGAUUUUAAAAAGAAGAAUGAGACAAGUAUGGCAUACUAAAAUGAUUUAUGUAUAG